AUGCUCUUGAAAUGCGAGGAGCUCGAAUCCGUUCUGGCCCUGUUGGUGACGCAUCGCGGCGUCUUCUUCGUUCACAACCUGGUCACUGCUGUCCAGGUGCUUGGUUCUCUGGCUGAAGAUGCCAAGGACCCGAUGGCCGUGAACCGAUUGCUCAGGGAUCCGAGAUACGAUGUCCUACUGCGUGAUCUUUUCCGUUUCGUGCCGAAGCUGGAUUUCCUGGCUAUGACGAACGUGGCCUGCAGUCUCCAGCAGUUGGACCACAAGUACUAUCCGCUGCUUUCUCGCAUGUUGCGGCCUUUGCUUGAGCAGUCGGUCCCGGAUGUCACUACACUUCUUCGAUGUAUCAAGGCUUAUCACUGGGCAGGCUACCAUCAGCAGACCAACUUCUACAGCCAUUUUGCAGUGGUCCUUGCACAGACGGCGCCGGGCCUUUCACCCGAGGAGGUGGUGGAAGCCUGCGGCCUCUUUGCAGGUGCUACUCAGUACCAAGACCGGUUCUACCAUGCUGCAGAGCAGCGAGUUCUCAGCAAAGACAUUUCCGAGUUCACGCCCCAUCAGUUGAGCCUCAUCGCCCAUGCCUUCACGGUGCAUUUAGUUCCAUUCCACGAUGUGCUGUUGUCACGGAUCGCGGAGGUCGUCGAAAAGCAGGCCAUGGAUAUGGAGCCUCGUGACAUCGUCCGUUGCCUCAGCGCCUUCCACCGUGCUGUGCUGUACUUCCCUGGAGCGGUAGAAGCAGGCCUCGCUGCAUGCAGUGUGCCCCUUUUCCGUUCCUGGUUGCUGCGAAAACCUUCGAAGCUGCGCUGCGCGGAGGUGGCCGAGCUCUUGGAAUCCGCCGCCUUCUUUGGUGUCGAGACUGACUUGGCGCAAGUGGCUCUGGACUACUUGACCGAUCGGGUGGACGAAGUCACGGAGCGGGCCUCAAUACAGGUGGUCUUCGCCAUGUGCUUGACAGGCACGGUGGCAACGCAUUCGCAGCUGCUGCUCUUCCUCUUCCGAAAGAUCGGAGCAGGAAGUGCUUGGGAGUCGCAUCGCCUGCGCGUGUUCCAUCUUUGGGUGUCGCAGUUGUUGCAAUUUCCCUGGCUAGAUGCGCGCAUGAAGCGCCGCUGCAUCGAUGCAGGAUUGCGGGCUUGGUGUCUUCAUCGUCGAGGCUACGGAUGCCCUCAUCCCGAGGAGGCUCGGGACGUAUCGGCGGAGCUCCGGGCCAUGGGUGUGGAGCAUCGGACUUUUGUGGCCGUGCAGGACACUCCCUACGAAGUCGACAUCGCCCUUGGGCCGGGAAAGUACGCGCUGCUGGUAGCUUCGGAAACGGCUCGCAACACCUUGACUCCUGUGGGAAGCACUCUUCUGCAGAUGAAGCACCUGAAGGAUCGCGGCUGGCGCUGUUUGGUGGUGCCCCGCCGAGCCUGGCUUCUCCUGGAGUCUGGCCCAAAAGGCCAAGGCCCCAAGGCUGACUACUUGCGUGCCCUCCUGGAGGGUUUCCUGCCUCCUUCGGCUGCCUUGCUUACCAGGGACACGCCAACGACGACCCCUGCCACAUCUGUCGCGGAUGGCAUCGGAGUGAAACCAUCGCCGGCUUCUGUGGAGGCGUAA